AUGCUAGCAGCGGAGAACAAGGACAAAGAUCAUGGCAAUUGGGUCUCACAUCCCGGAUGGAGCGCUCUCGUAGCCUGUACUCUUGUGUGCAAGGCAUGGUACCUCCGUAGCUGGGACCACCUACAUUGGCAAAUAUCACUGCGCAAGCGCGACCAGGUUGCCACACUCGCGAAGCUUUUCCGCGCUGAGCCGCAACUUCGCCGAGCGGUGCAGCGUAUCACCAUCGCAGGUGGUCUGGACAAGGACCAGCAACGACUACCGAUCCCACACUUGGCUACGUUCGCGGCGACGCUUGUGCGCAUGCUUCCGAACGUCACGGAAUUGAUGGUUCGCCAUGCGGAAUGGAGGUUAGCGGACGUUCGCGUUCAACUGGUGUCCCACCUGGACGCCUUCCGUUCUGCCGAAUCUCUGAAGCUCGUCAACGUGACAUUUGCGUCGGCCAUGCUCUUUGGUCGUCUUCUGGCGGCUCUUCCUUCCCUUGAGCGGUUGGGAUGCAUCUCGGUGCGAUUCCCGCAAAAAGAACCAGGACCGCUGGUCUUGCCACCACCUGUCCCAAGGAUGAGCGGGAAACUUGGCGCGGUCUCACUCUGUGAGCCAGUCGACCCGGCCAUCCAAGCAUUGUUAGUCCGCUGUGCCGAAGCCGAUGGCUGCAAGCUGCAAUGGCUUGUGCUGGAGGUGGACGUUCCCUCGGAAGGAACCUUGGCGUCGAUGAAGGGUCAGCAGCUGCUGGACUCGAGCGUCGCGCAUCUGGUCUUCUUCGGGCUGAAGCUAUACACGGAGGAUAUUGCUCCGGAGGCGCAAAAUAAAGCGUUGGAACCUUACCUCAAUCUCUCUCGCGCCGCCAAGUUGCGACACCUGACAAUUGACACGUCAUGCCCCAAUCAGCCCGAUUUCUCUUGGCUCGCUACUAUCCUGGCGACCGUCGAGUCGGACGGCCUGCAAAGGGUGGCCAUUUCAUUCGGUUUCCACAAGAAGGAUGAUGCAGUGCGCCGAUUAGAGAUCCUGUUUGACCGACUCGAACAGAACGACGACCUCACUCUGAUGGAUGAUGUCCUCGCUCGAAAGCAAUUCACGAACACGAAGCCGGGCGCUUUCUUCAUGUUCCUCGAUGUAGGCUCAUCGUCUGGCGCAUUGACAGCAUCGGACGGUCUGGGGAAUCGAUGGCAUGAGCUAGUCAGGCGUAAGAUGCCCCAAAUAGCGAAACACAAUAUGCUUGGGUACGUUUCCAAUACACCUCCCAGACAAUGGACGCUGACGAGUUGCCGGGCCUUCAGCACGUACCCCUAA